AUGGAAGACGAGCAACGCGAGGUGUACAACCAGACCUUGCAAGUUCUCAACAACAGAUUGGAAGUCGUCAUCUCUCUACUGAAGGAUCUGUUAAAGCCGCAACUGGGGAUUGAGAAUAUAACUUUAUCGCCUACUUAUAAGGUUAGUCGGUGGAAAUAUGGAGUCAAGAAGAGCAGCUUGGAUGAAGCGAUCAAGGAUCUGGAGAUAUGGCAAGGCUUGGCCGACCAAUCCUGGUUUCUGUUACUAAGAAUUGCCGAUACGCAAGUGGACCAGGCUUUGGCUGCAAGCAGUGGCGCCCGUGAGUCUGGCUCUGAUACAAAUACGAAGACAAUGGUCAGUAUACGUGCUGCAUUACAGCAGAACAGCAGUGAACCCUCUGCAACGUCAGCAGCAGAGCACUUGAAUUUGAACCCCGAAGACAUAAAGAAUAUGGUCGUUCAUCCAGUUCCCUUCUGUGAUGGCAUCGAGGUGGCGACUAGAAUGUUUUCACGCGGGCCACCAAAGAAGUAUAUUCUCAACCACAUACAGUGUGAGCCUAGCGCGAAGCCGCAGAUACUAAAGCGCAAUGUCCGCGAUCUCGUGCGGAGGCUUCAGGUCGACGAUCCAUACACUUUCGGCUUGUUGAAUUGCAAGGGCUUCGUCGCGGAAACAGUCAGAGUGGGAUCUGCAGAACUUCUCUCACUGACACUGGUCUUCAGAGAGCCUCCAGCGUCACAUAAUCCUAGAAGCCUACGGGAGAUUUUACUCAAUACACCGACAUUCACAUCAACUACACGACGGCUCGAAAUCGCUCGAGAUCUAGCUAGGUCCGUUGGUUAUGUGCAUACCUUCGGCUUCGUACACAAAAACGUUCGUCCGGAAUCGGUUCUCAUCUUCGAUUGUGCCCAUGGAGGAGGUAUGGCUGGGUUCCUAGUUGGUUUUGAGAACUUCCGACGAGACGAAGGCUGGACAGCGAGGAAAGGCGAUGAUGUACCGGACAAAAAUCUUUAUAGGCAUCCAUCUCGACAAGGUUUUAGCCCUCGCGAUGACUACGAGAUGCGCCACGAUAUAUACAGUCUGGGAGUGUGUUUGUUGGAAAUUGGCCUCUGGGGUAGCUUUGUCGAAUACGACCCUACAACCGGAGCGCACAACCUUUCGCAACUGCUCACAACGAGGUCUGAGAAAGACAAAGAUCUUUUCGUCGCUCUCGCUCGAUGCCCCCUACCAGGGAGCAUGGGCGACAAGUAUGCAGAGAUUGUAGAGACGUGUUUGACGUGUCUUGAUCCGGAUAAUGUUGAUUUUGGAGAUGAAAAGGCAUUUGAAGAUGAGAACGGAAUCCUUGUUGGCGCUCGCUACAUUGAGAAGGUUCUUCUUCGUCUUGGAAGGCUGAGCAUGUAG